GAAUGUCUUGGGUGCGGUUUACAAAGACGGGCGUGGCAGUGGUUGCCACGUCAGCAGCCGCCGUUCUUGCACUCGACAUGACCAACGAACGACGAUUUCAGAGACAAGUUAAAGAUCACUUUCGAACUGUACAUGCUGAUCGACUUGCAGAACUGAAUAAAAGAGCUCCGAGUGCUCUGCCAACGAGAAAAGAUAUUUUGACGAAUUUGAGUAAAGGCGAAGAAUUCGAUGUUCUAAUCAUUGGAGGAGGAGCUACUGGAGCUGGGGUCGCUCUUGACGCUCAAACUAGAGGACUAAAGACUGCAUUGGUUGAACUAGAUGACUUCUCAUCUGGAACAUCAUCCCGAUCAACGAAACUUAUUCAUGGUGGUGUUCGAUAUCUUCAAGCUGCAAUUAUGAAGCUUGAUUUGGAGCAAUACCGAAUGGUCAAAGAAGCUUUAUUCGAAAGACACAAUCUUCUUGAAAUUGCUCCACAUCUCAGCUCUCCACUCCCUAUUAUGCUUCCAAUAUACAAAUUGUGGCAAGUGCCAUAUUAUUGGUCUGGAAUUAAAGCAUAUGAUUUUGUAUCUGGAAAGCGUGUACUCAAAAACUCAUUUUUCAUCAACAAAUCACAAGCACUUGAGAGGUUCCCGAUGCUUCGUAAUGAAUCAUUGAAAGGAGCGUUAAUCUAUUAUGAUGGACAACAUAAUGAUGCUAGAAUGAAUUUGGCUAUUAUUCUUACUGCUAUCAGACAUGGAGCAGCGUGCGCCAAUCAUGUUCGCGUGGAGAAGCUUAAUAAGGAUGAGACAGGAAAAGUGAUCGGUGCACAUGUACGGGAUAUGGUCACUGGAGGAGAAUGGGAUAUUAAAGCGAAGGCUGUAAUCAAUGCCACUGGACCAUUCACUGAUUCGAUUCGUCUAAUGGGUGACCCUGAAACGGCUCGUCCAAUUUGUGCUCCAAGUUCUGGAGUUCAUAUUACCCUUCCAGGAUAUUACAGUCCAUCGAAUACAGGAUUAUUGGAUCCAGAUACUUCUGAUGGUCGUGUCAUUUUCUUCCUUCCGUGGGAACGUAUGACUAUUGCUGGAACCACUGAUGCACCAUCUGAUGUUACUCUUUCACCUCAACCAACUGAUCAUGAUAUUGAAUUUAUCCUUCAAGAAAUUAGAGGAUAUCUUUCAAAGGAUGUUUCCGUUCGUCGUGGAGAUGUAAUGAGUGCUUGGUCUGGACUUCGUCCAUUGGUUCGUGAUCCGAAUAAGAAGGAUACAAAGAGUCUUGCAAGAAAUCAUAUUAUUGAAGUCGGAAAGUCUGGUCUGAUUACAAUCGCUGGUGGAAAAUGGACAACAUACAGACAUAUGGCUGAAGAAACUGUUGAUAGAGUUGUAGAAGUUCAUGGAUUAAAGACUGAAAAUGGAUGUGUAACACCAGGACUUCUUCUCGAAGGAGCACAUGAUUGGAAUUCUCUUCAAUAUAUUCAUUUGGUACAAGAUUAUGGAAUGGAAGUUGAUGUAGCUCAACAUUUGAGUAACACUUAUGGAGAUCGUGCUUUCGUUGUCGCCAGAAUGUGCAAAAUGACUGGAAAGCGUUGGCCAAUUGUUGGGCAACGCCUUCAUCCCGAAUUCCCAUAUUUAGAUGCUGAGGUUCGUUACGCUGUUCGUGAAUAUGCCUGCACAGCAAUCGAUGUUAUCGCCAGAAGAAUGCGUCUUGCUUUCUUGAACACAUAUGCCGCUCAUGAAGUACUUCCUGAUGUUGUUCGUGUUAUGGGACAAGAACUUGGAUGGUCAUCAGCUGAACAACGAGCUCAAUUGGAAAAGGCACGUACUUUUAUUGAUAUGGAAAUGGGACAGAAUGCUAAACAAACUGCAGUAUCCAAUGUUGCACUGAAUUUGACAAAAGAAGAAAUGCAAAGAGCCAAGGAACGAUUCCAACAAUUGGAUAAAGAUCGCAAAGGACAUAUCACAGUCAACGAUCUUCGCAAGCAUUUCAGAGAACAUAACCAAAAGAUUGAUGAACGUGUUCUCCACGAACUUCUAAACGAAGUGGAUCUCAAUAAGAACGGAGAAAUUGAAAUCGCCGAAUUCUUCCAGCUGUACUCUGGAUUGAAAGGAGGUCAACUCACCGGAAAUCGACUCGUCGGAUACUUGGACGAAAUUCACGGAACACCGAGUGUAAAUCGCGCUUGUGGUGGUAUUUAAUUUGAUAUCUUUGUCCCUUUUUUUAAAUACUUUAUUGCCUCAAGUUUUUAGUUUUUAGUCAGUUUUACACCAAUUCAGCCUUUUUUAAUUCAAAAUCUCAACCACGCCCUCUAAGCAUUUCGUUAUUAAACACGGAAUAAUCCAUACGAAUUAUAGUAAUUCAGAAACGAUGAAAAAAAUAUGAAGAAGAUUGUCAACUAAUCAUUCAAUUAGUGGUAGAAAAUCAGUGAAAAUUGAACUCUUCCUCCUAUUUUCUAACUCAAAAAACUCUUAUUUCUGCCGGUUUUCUCCUUUCAUUUAUUGCACACACAGAUUCAUAUAAAGUUUUUCUGCUC